GGAUGUCGGGACAGCAAAGAUGUCCGCGCUCAUUUGAAAACCUGCUGUAGCGGAAUACGGAGUUUGACACUUGUUUUUAUGUUGAUACGGGUGACAACAUUGUGCUCAAGCAAGGCUCAUUGAAAGGAAAGAUAAGGACUCCGCGACAAGGGCCAGACUAUUCCUUACUAUCAGAAAUAAUGCUGAUAUCUGAAACUCAUGUCGGAAGUCGUGUAUGAAGAGACAGCCACGAUGAUUGCCGCAGGGGAAUUGCAGUCAUUUGUCCCGUUUGGCCGCGAGCACUGCAGGAACCAUCCAAACGCCUUCAACCUGCAACUCAGAGAGCUUCAGCCUGCCUCCGAGCUCUGGGCGUCAGAUGGUGCUGCUGGCCUGGUGGGGUCCCUGCAGGAAGUCAGUCUGCAGGAGAGAGAGAGGGAAUUUUGGCAGCUGAGGAAGGGCUGCAAGGGAGUCAAAGAGGAGAAUGUAGAAUUUGAAGAAGAACUCUAUGCAGCGGGAAACGUGGUUGUCUGGAGCCAGGGCAGUCGGGCACAAGCCUCCAGUGUAUAUAAGGCCUUCACGGUUGACAGCCCAGUGCAGCAGGCCUUAUGGUGUAACUUUGGUGUUCCUCACAACAAGAAAGAAGAGGAAGAAGUGGAGCACACAGUGUGUAUUGUCCAAAGUAGCUGUGUUAACGUUCACACUGUGACUGGAAAAGACUUCAUCUCACCACUGCCUUUCCAGGUCUCAAACGUAUGGGCAACAAAGUUUGGACUUCUUAUGGAACGGAAAAACACAGCGAAUGAUGCACAGCUCAGUCCCCCUGGGGAACCUCUGCCCACAGUGUUCAGCAUGCUGCAUCCUCUAGAUGAAAUUGCACCAGUUGUAUGUAAACCUGCAGGCCAGUUUGAAGGCUCCCGUGUGCAGUAUGUGUCUGACUCCACCAUGAAGCUAGUGUUUACCUGCUGUCAGCCCUCUAUAGUUGUAUCAUAUGACACUGUACAAGGAAUACACUCUGUCUGGGCCCUGCGCAAAGUCACGCAUGAUGAGCGUUCUACAGUCCUGCGGUGUCCGGCAGAACCAGUCGGCACGCCAUUGAGUCUGAUGGCUUCAGGCUUUCUAACUUCUCAUUUGCGGAAUAUCUCCCGUCUUGACUCCCCUGGUGGCAGUGGGGCAACUGGGCAUGGUCUUGGAACUGGAACAAGUGGUAUUGGUUCCAGCUCUCCUCUCCACUAUAGUGCUCUGCAUAGCCACCAGAGCAGAAUCGUCACAUCCUCACCAGGAAUUCACUCUCGAGUUCAUUCCCCGAGUAUAUCCAACAUGGCUGCCCUUAGCCGUGCCCACUCUCCUGGCAUGGCAGCUCCAUCCUUUUCAGGUGUGGCUCGUUUCAACACAUCUUUGCACAGCCCGUCCCCUAGGGGGCACCAUGGCUUGUUAGCCUCUCCCAACAGCACUGUCAAUGAGACAGUGCUGGUCCCAGAGAUGGAACCCAUCAUACCUGACCUCUGCAUGGAGCAGCUGUGGAGUGAGGCAGUCACUGCUGGCUUUCACAGGGAAAUGAGCAGCCAGGCAUCUAAAGUAUUCCUGACCUCUGAUCUCUGUGAGAAUCACUAUUUGUGUUUCUUUGUGGAGUCUCACCAACAGCUCAGGUGUGUGAAGUUUAUUGAGAACAAUGAUACCUCUCAGCUCAUCUUCCCCUCUGUCACAACCAUUCCUGCCAAAGAUGCAGAGCCUCUGCAGAAUAUAGAUGCUAUGCUGGUUCUGGAGGCCUGUGGUAGUUUGGUUCUCUACACGGGAAUCACCAGGGUCAGCAAGGUAUUUGUGCCUGGACUCUUGUCACCCUCCUUCAGCCUGACCAACCACCUCCCUCACCGCAGCACUCCAGUAGAGACUGUCAGUACACCAGCUAAUGCUGGCAGUAGGCAUCUCCAGAGACUGGACGAGGAUGCCAUGCCUUCACCAGUGACAGGGCUGAGGGGUCCAAACAUUAAACACCAUGAAGUCUUUUUGGAGGACUACGCAUUUCCACAAGCGACACCCUACAUUCAUGCCUUGCGCGAUCCUGUCUGCAAUCGGGUCACUCUGGAACUAAGCAGUGGCAUGAUGCUGAGGAUUUCUGUCCCAGAGAUUGCUACUUCAGAGCUGGUGAGGAAGUGCCUUGAGGCAAUUCGCGUCAUCCUGCCUAAGGAAGCUGCCAUGAGGUUGGUUUUGGUGAAAUGGUAUAACAUCUACAAUGCCCCUGGCGGUCCCAGUGCCCACGCAGAGUGGAGCCUGUUUGUCACCUGCUUCAUGACUCUGAUGGGCUACAACACCGAGCGCCUGACCUGGACACGAAAUCUGCAUUUUGAAGUGCCACUCUCUCCAGUGAUUGCAGCCAAGAAGGCUCGUCCCUCUGAUGGAGGUUCUGAUGAGGUGACUGGACUAUUGAUGGGGUCCCAUUACCACCGUCAGAUGAAUUUCCAGCCUGUUGAUUCCAGUGGCAUCAAUAGUACACUCGCUUCAGAAACAGAGGGCCUGUCCUCUGCUUCUUCUCCCCCCAGUCCAUCUCUGAAGUUGGACAGUUCAGCUCCACUGUUCCCUCACAUCCCUGCCCUUUUCUAUGUUCUCCAUCUGCUCUAUCAGGAACUGCAGCUGGAUGAGCUGCAGAGAGCACGAGCCUCAUCACUAGUCUGUCUGCUGCAACAACUGGCUAGAGAUCUUCAGUUGGAAGAGUAUGUGGACCUGUACUGGAGAGACUACCCUUCAAUAAUUAGUGGCUUCACUGAGAGCUGCUUCAUAGACCAAGCACUGAUUGCUCAGAUGCAGCGUCCGUCUUUCCUGAGAUCAGAGCCUCCCUGUGUGUUCAGCUGGCUCAGUCGCUGCUUGAGAGGAGAGGAGAACCCACCUUUCCCAUACCUGCCUGGUAUCUGUCAGAGGACCAGACUGCUGGUUCUGAGUUAUGCUCUCUAUGUCAUUGGAGAUGAAAACGCUACUUCGACAGAUGUAUCAAAGUACCUGGCCAAGCUUUCUGCAGGCCAGAAGUCAUGUGCCACUGAACCCCAAAUAAGAAGGCAGAGCAGUGUUAAAGUGAAGUUUUCCAGUGAGAAUCUGGCUGAGCAGCUGGUGGUCUGGCUCACCUCACAGGGUUUCACCCUGAAGGACUUGGAGUCAGUCCCCUUUGGUGUGGCUUUGCCUAUUAGAGAGGCCAUCUAUCGGUGCCGGGAGCAGCCAUGUUCUGAUUGGUCUGAGGAGGUCUGUUUACUGAUUGGACGACAGGACCUCACUAAACAAGCCCACAAAAUGACUCUUGCCAAGAGCAAACCUUCUGUAGGUUCAGGUUUGUCCUUGGAACCUCCUGCAACUACAGAAGCAGAUGAGGAAGAAGAUGGCAUGUCAGACAUUAUUCAAGAGGUCACAGGACUGAUCUGGAGUCAGGAUCUGAGGGUCCAGGAGGUCAGGAGGCUUCUGCAGAGUUCCACUGUCCGGGUUAGUGUUGUCCAACUACCAGAGGUGUCUGACCAUGAAUACAUUGAGGAGAAAGAGAACAAACUCCUGCAGCUGUGUCAGAGGACCAUGGCCCUGCCAGUUGGCAGAGGCCUCUUCACUCUCUUCUCCUAUCACCCUGUACCGACUGAACCUUUACCUGUCCCAAAACUCAACCUCACAGGCCGCGCCCCUCCAAGGAAUACUGUGGUAGAUCUGAACAGUGGAAACAUUGAUGUUCCUCCCAACAUGACCAGCUGGCCCAGUUUUCAUAAUGGAGUAGCUGCUGGACUUAAAAUAGCCCCUGCCUCACAGGUGGACUCAGCCUGGAUUGCCUACAACAAGCCAAAGAGCCCUGAGCUGGCUAAUGAGUAUGCAGGCUUCCUUAUGGCCUUGGGACUCAAUGGACACCUCACCAAGCUGGCCACGCUCAACAUACAUGACUACCUCACUAAGGGCCAUGAAAUGACCAGCAUUGGGCUUCUCUUGGGCGUGUCUUCAGCCAAACUGGGCACCAUGGACAUGUCGAUUACGCGCCUGCUCAGUAUACACAUUCCUGCUCUUCUCCCACCCACUUCCACUGAGCUGGACGUCCCCCACAAUGUUCAGGUUGCAGCUGUAAUUGGCAUUGGGCUGGUUUACCAAGGAACAGGCCACAGACACAAUGCUGAAGUCUUGCUGUCUGAGAUAGGUCGACCCCCUGGACCAGAGAUGGAAUACUGUACAGACAGAGAGUCCUAUUCACUAGCAGCUGGACUUGCUCUGGGUAUGGUCUGUCUGGGGCAUGGCAGCAACCUGAUUGGGAUGACAGACUUGAAUGUGCCUGAGCAGCUGUAUCAGUACAUGGUUGGGGGCCAUCGCAGAGCUCAGGCCGGGGCCAACCGGGAGAGGCACAAAUCCCCCAGCUACCAAAUCAAGGAGGGUGACACUAUAAAUGUAGAUGUGACAUGUCCGGGGGCCACGUUAGCCCUCGCUAUGAUCUACCUCAAGACCAACAACAGGUCGAUUGCUGAUUGGCUGAAACCUCCAGAUACUUUGUUCCUCCUGGACUUCAUUAAGCCAGAGUUUCUGUUGCUGAGGACUCUGGCUCGGUGUAUUAUCAUGUGGGAUGAAAUCCUUCCUAAUACUAACUGGGUCAAGAGUAACAUCCCCCAGAUCAUGAGGGGGACUUUUGACCCUUCAGAGGACAUUAACAUGGAGACAAUGGCCCAAGCCCAAGACUACAUUACAGCUGGGGCCUGUUUGGCACUUGGCUUACGCUUUGCCGGCUCUGCGAACUCUGAUGCUUUUGACUGCCUCUUUAACUUGGCCAGGACCCAGAUGACAAUCAUCUCCGUUGCUGGUACAGCUGCUGUGGGUGCUCACACAUUUUACAACCUGCAGACCUGUCUGUCAAUGAUUCUGUUGGCUAUGUCCAUGGUGAUGUCCGGAACAGGAAACCUGAAGGUUCUGCAGAUUUGUCGUUUCUUCCACAAGCGGACUGGUGGUGAGAUGAACUAUGGAUUCCACAUGGCUCAUCACAUGGCACUAGGUCUGCUCUUUCUGGGAGGGGGCAGGUACACCCUGAGUACCUCCAAUUCAGCCAUUGCUGCUUUGCUGUGUGCCCUGUACCCACACUUCCCUGGUCACAGCACUGACAACCGUUACCACCUGCAGGCCCUGCGGCACCUGGCUGUGCUGGCUGCAGAGCCUCGACUGCUUGUCCCUGUGGAUGUGGACUCCCUGAAGCCUUGCUAUGCCCUUUUAGAGGUCACUUACAAGGAGACUAAGUGGUAUGAUGAGACAACAGUAGAACUGAUGGCCCCGACCUUGCUUCCUGAGCUGCACCUUCUUAAACGGGUAAAGGUGAAGGGUCCACGUUACUGGGAACUGUCUGUAGACCUCAGCAAAGAAACACAGCAUCUAAAGUCCAUCUUGUUGAGAGAUGGGGUGUUGUAUGUAAAACUACGGGCUGGCCAGCUGCCGUACAAAGAUGACCCUCAAGGCUGGAAGAGCUUGCUAGCCACCACAGUCAGUCACAGGAACUCUGGAGUCAGAGCAUUCAAGCCUGAAGCCAUCUCGACAUUCACCUCUGAGCCAGCUCUUGUCUCCUUUGCCGAGGUCUUCUGUAAAACCUCUGAAGGAAUGAAACAUAGAGAGGACACUCUAGUGUUGUUUUCAGCUAUGCUGUACGAAUGUGUGACACAGGAGUGUCCUGAGAUGCUGCCCACGUAUAUUGCUAUCGAACAGGCAGUGUCAGCUCUGCAUCGGGGUGACUUGCUGCAGACCUUUCCCCUGUGGCAGCUGCGUCUGGUGCUAGAGUUGUGGGACAGCAGGAUGCAGCGCGGUCCCAAUAACCGGCGCGACACCCUGCUUACUUCUGAAUUUCUGCCGGUCAUGAAGAACGAGGUGGAUGGAACGCUGGACAGCUGGCUCAAAGAAAACAGCUCAGUAUUGAGGUCCUACAUGAGGGGCGAGGCCGUCUCAAAGGAAACCCAGUCAGUCAUGUUGGCCAGCUUCUUGGUGUACCGGUCAAUCCCCUACCUCAAGAACACACACACACAGCUGGAGAGUUGCAGCUCAUUUGGGGAUUUAUUGUUACAUAGCAGCCAGUUGGGCAUCCCUCUCAGAGACCUGCUAAGGCUGGUACCUGUCCUACUGGGUUCUGGAUCUGGACCACAGACAGUGUUUGGAUUCCCAUUGCAAGCAUUUUGAUCGUGAUUUUCAGAACUAGUACAUGGGCUGAUAAUCUCUCAGAGAAACCCUUCAAAGCCUUACACUGCUAGCACCUGUGGGACUGACCUCUGCCUUUAACAGCUGCAAAUGGGUGCAACAAGUUGGACAAAAUGUGACCAUUAGACAUCUUUUGUCUAAAUGUGUCACUGCGGCACGGCUGCCUUGAAUUGAGAAGUGACUUUUUCCCUCUCAGCCUCUAUGAAAUGAAAUAACUAAUAUUACUAUCUUUGUAACAUAUUUGUAUUUAGGUUGUGUUUUUUUUUUUGUUGUUUUUUUUAUGGCAUAAAGAACGUUUAGGCUGCAGUAAUCGUGCAGUACAUGUGGCAGUUGAAGAUUUUCAGAUUGCUCACAAUUUCAGUGGCAAUCAAGUUAGACCUGAACAGAAAGAACUGAACAUCAUAAAAGUCAGCUGUUGUCACAAACCAGUUUUCAAGUUGGGUUCAGGCCGCCGUGUUGCGUGAACAUGCUGAAAAGCUAGAAAAGGCAAUAAAAAGCAAAAGUACCUGCACACUCCGUGAAUAUUGUGUUUAUUCUGUGGCUUAAUG